CAGCCGCCUCUGCGUCCACUCUGCUGUCCAGUCUGAGUGUGAAUGAGACCGUACGUGUGUGUGACCCUACGUGUGUGUGUGUGUGUGUGUGAGAGAGAGACGGUGUGACUAAGCUAGCAGAGCAGACUUCCACGGUUGCCACAGCGUAUCCAUGGUGCCACACGGUUGCCACAGCGUAUCUAUGGUGUCGCCACGGCGCCAGGAGUGAGAGUUCCAGACAGUGUCUUUAAAACCCUGAAGAAAGGUCAGGGGUCAUGUUGCGCUCACAGACUCUGCCUGACCAACGGCGGAGAAUACACAGAGGUCAGAGGAUAGGGACCCUACCUGACCAACACAGAGCCCGCUCUAAGAGUAUGGUGAUGGGAGAUGUGUCCGGCGGUGGCCUGCGUGUGUGUUCUCCCUGUGGCCAGGAGGGGGCGCUAAAGGCUGGCUGGCUGAGGAAGCAGCGCAGCAUCAUGAAGAACUGGCAGCUGCGCUGGUUUGUGCUCCGAGCAGACGUGCUCUACUUCUACAAGGACCAGGAGGAGACCAAACCACAGGGAUGUAUCCGUCUCCAUGGCUGCCAGGUGAGGGAGCAGACGUCCAACCAUGAGGACGGAGGCCGGCACCUGUUUGAGAUCCUUCCAGGUGGAGGGGAUAAGGAGAGGUCUUCAGUGGGCAGUGAGUCGUUGCUGCUGAUGGCCGCCUCCCAGUCGGAGAUGGAAGAAUGGGUCCGGGCCCUGCAGAGGGCCAUCUGGGGCCCGCUAGGAGGAGGUGUGUUUGGCCGGCGUCUGGAGGAGACGAUGGAGUGUGAGCGCGUGAAGGGUGUGUGUGUGCGUCUGGCGCCCCUGCUGGUGGAGCAGUGUGUGUGUUUCAUCCGUGAGCGCGGCCUCAGCGAGGAGGGGCUCUUCAGGAUGCCCGGCCAGGCCAACCUGGUCAAGGAGCUGCAGGACGCCUUCGACCGCGGGGACAAGCCACAGUUCGAUAGUAACACAGAUGUGCACACGGUGGCGUCUCUACUGAAACUCUACCUGCGGGAGCUCCCUGAGCCAGUGAUUCCCUUCACUAAGUACCAGGACUUCAUCAGCUGCGCUCAACUACUGCUCAAGGACCAGGAGGCGGGCCUCCUAGAACUGGGGAAUCAGGUGAAGACUCUUCCUCAGGCCAACUACAACCUCCUCAAAUACAUAUGCAAGUUCCUGGAUGAGGUGCAGUCCUACUCAGAUGACAAUAAAAUGGGGGUGCAGAAUCUGGCCACUGUGUUUGGUCCAAACAUUCUGCGCUCCACGACCGACGACCCCGUCAGGAUGAUGGAGGGUACAUCCCAGGUCCAGCAGCUAAUGACAGUUUUGAUCAGUGCUCACACACAGCUGUUUGACGGAGCAGGUGUGUGUGAGGAGGGUGAGUUGUGUGGGGAGCAGGCAGGGACUCCCCAGCGCUGUGCGGUGGAGUGGGAGCCACACACACACACACCCGCACACACCCCGGAGGCCCAGACCUCACACACACCCACAAACACACACCCCCCAGAGCCCCCACGCGCUGAGAGCCCCAGCAGACAGCGCCCCCUGUCUGGGUGGAGGUGCUCCUUCAGGGGCGGCCGCAUCGGGGGGUCAGCUGUGGACGUGUCCACCACCAACUCCGGCGUCGGAGGAGGAGGAGGGGGAGGAGGAGGAGGGGGAGGAGGAGGAGGUGGCAGUUGGCUGAUGAACGGCCUGUCGUCGUUACGCAACCACCGCCGCACGUCGUCAGGGGAACGGGUGCGAGAGCCGUCCCACGCCGGACACCGCCUGUCCACCUACGACAACGUCAGCAUGCCCUCGUCCAGUCUGAGCGUGCCCAGUGUGAGCUCGGCCUCCGCCUGCGAGAUCGCACUACCAGACGGCGCCACCGGGGGCACCAGAGAGCCCAGCGCCUCCUCAAGCACCGCGGGUCAGCCAGACGUCCAAGACGAGAGUGUGUGUGUGAGUGGGAGGGCUACACCAGACCCAGUGUGUGUGAGCGGGAGGGCUACACCAGACCCAGUGUGUGUGAGCGGCAGUGUGUGCAAUGGUGAUGCUGAAGAGGCGGAGUCAAAGGCUAAGGCUGGCAGCCAAUCAGAGCAGAGUGAGGGAGCGCUGGUGAUGGAACUGAAGUCAGAACUCAAGAAGCAGAAGAUCUCUUAUGAAAAGAGGAUACGCAUGUUGGAGGAGUGUAACGCGUCCCUGCGCUUGCGAGUGGAGCGUCUGGAGGUGGAGCUUGACCAGGAGCAGAAGCGUCUGCGCAUGCUGGAGAUUAAGCUGCGCAACUCUGAGCGCGCUCAGAACGACGCCGACAAGAGGAACCACAUGCUGCAGACCGAGAUGGAGGAGUUCUUCUCCACGCUCGGAGAGCUCACUCAGCCGGGCAAAAUAUAACACACACACACACACACACACACACACACACACACACACACACACAUACACACACACACACACACACACACACACACACACACACACACACACACACAUAUAUACAUAAGACACAUACAGUACAAACACACACACACACACACACACACACACACCCUCAGGUCUAGCUUGCAGUGACUGAGAUUGACACAGACAUGAAUGUUGUUGAGAAUGUAACUUCAUCUCUGAUGUCACGGGUCAGCUGAUGCCCAUCCCCGCAUCAGACAUCCUUAUAUGGAGGAUGGAGGGCUGGACCAGUGAUGACUGACAGGUGAUGCAGUAUCCCUUAGCCCCACCCCCUUGGAGUAGCCUGACACACACACACACACACACACACACACAGACACACAGACACACACACACACACACAUAUGAGACCUGUAUGAAACCAUACACACACACACACAAACUUCCUCACACAGACACACACACACACACUCCCUCUCUCUCUCUCACUUGCACACACACACACACACAUGAGACCUAUAUGAAACCAAAGCAUGAUGACCCUCCCACAACCAUGAGUCCCCCCAAGGUGGGUUGCCAAUGGAAACAGCUCUCCUGGCCCUCCUGUUGUGCCUUUCUAGCUGAACCCUCAACUCUGACCCCGUUACCAUGGUUUCCUCUGACCUGCAGACCUCCAGCCAUGACAUGAUGAGACCGUGACCUCUAUGACCUCAGUGUUCUAAGGCUCCUCAUUGGCUGGUUGUGUGUGUUUUGUGUGUGUGUGAGUGUGUGUGUGUGUUCAAAACCCAGGAACCUCAGCCAGCCAUCUAGGCACGAGCAGCCUCCUAUUGUGUGUGUGAGUGUGUGUGUGUGCAUGUUAACUGGCUUAUAACUGGGUUACACACACACACACACACCUCAUGACUGACACAGGAUGGUCAUACGCAUACAUACUGAGAGGGCCCAAACAAUCCUGCCCUCUUCUGUGAUGUCACAAGGGACUUUGAUCUGAAACCAGGACUGAAAGUGAACAUCGUCCGAUGACCUCAAAGGAGCGUGGGCUGGUCAUCUAUGCCGUUUGUUCUUGUUAAAGGGGCGUGGGCUGGCUGAGAGCAGAAGUGGUGUGACAAGCACGGGAGGACUGGCACUACCAAGACUGUGAUGUCAGAGCAGCACACAAUUGUCGUGCGUGUGUGUGUGUCAAGCGAAACCUUUGAAGUCUUUAAACGGUCCCCUUUCUUUAGAAUGUGAAUGUGGCAGUAGAAUGUGAGUGGCCUUGUCGUAGUGAAUGUUGUGUGUUUCUGUCUGUGAGACAUCCGUGUCGUGACCAGACUGACCAGUGCAUCGCUACAGAAGACGACGUCUGUUUGUGCUUGAUCUCCAUGACGACUGAAGAUGUGAGCGUUCCCUCCGCCGCGCUCUCCGUUCCCCCAGGAGGUUGCUAGCGGUUACGCUUGUAUAUUAUUUAGAUGCAGAGUAAACAUGUAAACAAGUCACCAGGCCAGACGGAGGGUAAAGAGGUAAACAAGUAAACAAGUCUGUGCCGUGUGUCCUUUAGCAGAAGACAAUUAAAGUUUGAAAUUGAAAGUGGAAUUGAAAACAAUUAAACUUUGUAGCUUAAUCAGA